UGACAAGAGCUGUACCUCCAACUACAUUCCAGCUGAUCUAUACCUUGCUCCACUGCUACCAUUCAAACCACCGGGAAAGCCACCAUCGCUUCAACAUGUUGAUCAAGGUCCGAACACUCACCGGCAAGGAGAUCGAGCUCGAUAUUGAGCCUGACUACAAGGUCUCCCGGAUAAAGGAGCGUGUCGAGGAGAAAGAGGGAAUUCCCCCGGUGCAGCAACGACUCAUCUUCGGCGGCAAGCAGAUGGCGGACGAUAAGACAGCCUCAGAAUACAACCUCGAAGGUGGCGCCACGCUCCAUCUUGUCCUUGCUCUGCGUGGAGGAUGCGCUGCGAUGUCCGUGUAAACGCUUUUUGUCAUUUUUAGAUACCAUAUUUCUGCAGCAAUGUGAAUCAGUUGAGGAGCACCAAUUCUUGUCCAUCCCGCAUUCCAUUUCGUGAGGAUUCAAGCCACAGGGACCGCGGCGGAGCAAUGGGAUUUGAGCUUAAAUGCGAGACAAUAUGCAUACUGGGUGUUCUGGAUUGGAACGUUUUUAUUUGUUGCGUCCUUUUUUCUCAAUGACAUAAGCUUCUUUCAUGGA